GGGCGGGGCUCUGAUUACCAACGUGCUCGUGGUUUAUGACACCGCUUUCGAGUGGAAACGAGUGAUAUCGUACUUUUUACAGUCUAUGGAUCGUACUCAUGUCUCUCUACCGAAACACAGUUUGGUUCCUGAAGGGUCUUCAGGAAUAUACAAAGGGCGGUUAUGAGGCAGCAGAGAGGCGCUUCAGCGCGGCGGAUCUGGAAGUGAGUGUGAGCGGCCGCUCGUUCAUCAUCACCGGAGCGAACAGCGGCAUAGGCAAAGCCACCGCCUACGAAAUCGCAAAAAGAGGUGGGACAGUGCAUCUGUUGUGCAGAAAUAAAGAUCGUGCGGAGGAGGCAAGAAAAGAGAUCGUGGAGCAAAGUAAAAAUGAGAAUGUCCAUGUUCACCUAGUUGACAUGUCCAGCCCCAGGAAAGUGUGGGAGUUUGCCAAUGGAUUCUCUCAGAAACACAUUCUACAUGCUUUGAUCAAUAAUGCGGGUUGCAUGGUCAAUCAGAGAGAACUGACUGAGGAUGGUCUGGAGAAAAACUUUGCGACAAACACACUUGGGACUUAUAUUCUGACGACAGCACUGAUUCCUACACUGAAGAAGUCAGAGAAUCCAAGAGUGAUCACUGUGUCAUCUGGUGGGAUGCUGGUUCAGAAGUUGAAUGUAGAGGACCUUCAGUUUGAGAAAGGCUCUUUUGACGGGACUAUGGCUUAUGCACAGAACAAGAGGCAACAGGUGAUCAUGACCGAGCAAUUGGCAGCUCAGCACAAGGAAAUCCACUUCUCUUCCAUGCACCCCGGCUGGGCAGACACCCCAGCGGUACAGUCAUCCAUGCCAGAUUUCCAUGCGAAAAUGAAGAAUAAGCUCCGUACUGAAGCUCAGGGCGCUGACACAGUGGUGUGGCUGGCUAUAUCAGAUGCUGCCAGCAGACAGCCCAGUGGCCUCUUCUUCCAAGACAGAAAAGCUGUUUCUACGCAUCUGCCUCUGGCCUUCUCCGGGUCUUCUCCAGCUGAAGACCAGAAGCUGAUGACCACGUUGGAGGAGCUCGCUGUGAAAUUCAAGUGUUAAGCGGUUGAGUUAUUGGCCGAAUCAUUCCUCACAGAGAUUGUGAUAUUCAUUCUUAAUAAUGCAGAGAUGUGAGAAGCUCAUGAUUUCUAUACCAAAUCAGGCUAACCAAAACAACCUAAAAUGUAUAUUUAAAAUAUUUCAAACUUAUUGUCCAUUCUUCUGAACAAAUACACUCCUAAAUAUUUUUAUUAUACUAAUUUAAGGCUAGAAACUAAUACAUGCACUUCUGCUUUUUGGAAUGGAAGUUGUAUGAGUUUCUUGAUUUAAAAGUAAAAUGGCUGUGGUUAACAUUAUUCAAAUGUGUUUUCUACAUAAAUUGCACACAGUCAUACCCCAAACAUGAAUUUUAAAGCUGUGAGUUCAACUACCACAAGGUUUUGAGUUUGCAUGAUUGAUGAAUUGGACAACUAUUGCAGUCUGUAAAAAACAGAUUAUUUGAUUCAUAAAUCUAAAACUGCUGUUCCAUAAAACCCCAAAUUUUGAAUUAGCCUCACAGGCUGGCCAAGAAACUGACAUCAAACCUGAACAGCUGUCUGAGAACAUGAUGUACAACACUACCCGUAACCCGUACUCACACUAUCAUACAAAUAGAUGACUAUGUAAACAAAUUUCAAACUGAACAAAUGUGAAGAUGAACAUAUAAACAAA